AUGCGGUUUUGGUGGCCGGGUUGGGAGCCUCGAGAGCGCUCUCUAUCUAGCGAUAGUGAGUGCUCUACGGACAGCCAUUCCAGUCUCGCCAGCGAUGCAUCUUUCUAUGACGCGUCGCCUGAUGACGAGACUGGAGUGGGUGACGAACCGCCCCCUCUCCCAGGUGACACGCAACCGGUCCCAUGGGAAGAGGCGGGACAGUCUGAAUUAAGACUGUUCCCAGACGGCUCUUCGACCGCCUAUCCACAGGCGGUUGGACGAAACUGCCCAGGAACAGUCGCCGUCGGACUAGGGUUGGGGGUCCCAAAUUUUACCCCCAAUGUCACCGCUACGCCGCCCGGUAAUGGGCCCUGCGUGGGUGUACGCGCGACACCGCCUCGCGGCGGUGACGCGGAGUUGGGCGCCGCCACUUCGGGCACGUGUUGCGAACACGCUUCGCCUCUGGCCUGCGCAGUUUCAGCGCGUGCCGACACCUCUGGCGCGCGCGAGGCCCCCCGGUCUACGGUCCCGGUUUUGGGUACCGUUGAAGACCGGGAAGAGGCCCGGCGACCCCCUGUUGGUAACCGUGAAGGUACCUUCGGGCCUAUACUUGGUCUAAGUAUAGGGGUCGCCGUCGCUCGACAACACGAUGAAGACCACGCGCCACUGGCUACGACUCAAGACUGCACUGAGUGUGCCGGCCCCCAUGGGGCCCCAAGACCACCAUCGGCUUCCCUCGCGCGCCGUAUGGCUUCCCAAGACCCCCUGCUUGCUGCUGCGCCCGCCGCCGCCGCCCAAGACACGAGUGCGUUUGAUUUCCGACCCGGCAGAGCGGGCGAAACGCUGCCCGAUGGGGUAGCGCCACGGAAUACGCAAGGACUACAGAGCGACGGCUCCCUGGGUGCGUGCAGGCAGCACCCGGGUUCUAGGACGUGCACCAAGGACACCUAUGCUUUGGUGAGCGCCCUCCCAGACGUGGGAGAGGCCCAAGACACUGCGAAUGAUGAUUCUGGGCCCGGCAGGGUGAGCGGCAUGCUGCCUGACCGGGUCCAGCAUGGACUACUUCAGAGCAUCGGCUCCCCGGGCCCACAGACGCCCUGCCCGGGUACAACGACGCGCGCCAUGGCUCCCCCCGCCCUCCCACUCGCCGGCCAGGCCCCAGACGCUGCUCCUGCCUCCGCGAUUGUUGCUGCUAGACCCGGCAGGGCGGCUGAAAUGCUGCCCGACCGGGGCACCAACGGGCGCGCGCUGGCCGUCUAUACGGCCAACGCCCUAGGUGCCUUUCAUGGCCCUGGAGGCCCUGAGGACGACAGCAGCAGCGAGGACGAUAGCAUGGAUGACCAAGGGGCUUGGCUGGUGGGUGACGACGCUGACUACGACGCUCCAAGUGAUGACGACCGGCUCGCCCAGGUAGCUACCGAGCUGCCUGCCCGAGCUGGAUACACUGCAGUGGCCGCGGCCCACACCAUGGGCUGCCACGAUACCUCCAGCGAGGCCGUGUCCACUGCAGCAAUUGUUUAUGUCCCACGUACCUGUGACGACCGGCUCGGCAGGCAGGCUACCAUACUGCCUGACCGAGUCGGGUGUGACGCCCCGAUGCCUUGCGGCGACGAGCCGUCCGCUGUUGCUGGGCCCUGUCCCCUUGAUGAUGACUGCACACCCGGCAGGGCGGGUAUCAUGCUGCCCGUGGGUGCUGCACAGGCUCCUGCCACGACCGCAGCCGUCCCCAUGGAGGUGGACCAGGGCGCGACGUGGCAGGCAGCAAGCCUCACUCCGCCGUCUCCUCCUCUCGUGCUCCGCCUCAACGGCAAGCGUCGCCGCUUGAACGACGAGGAUGACGGCGAUGAACGCGAGCAAGCCGAGCAACUGCUGCUCGAGGACGUUGAGGCCGGCCCCAUGAACUCAGCGCUUAGGCCAUCCGCGGCCAGCGCACUUCCGGCCUCCGUCCUGUCCGUGUAUGCCCACAACGCGCCGCACUUCACGUGCACGCUGUGUGCAUACACGGCAUCAAGCUUUGCCUCGCUAAAGCGCCAUAGGGACUCAAGGCACCGCCGCAUCGCCUUCCUCGACCGGUUCUCGGCAGGUUGUGCAUGCGGCACACCUUUCGUGUCGAGGCUGGCUGCAGCAAACCACGCGCCAGCGUGCGCCAGUCUCAACGACACUUCGGCUGCGACUACGCCAGCAGCAGGGGAUCUCAGCCCCACUGCUGGUGAAGUCAAUGCCAGCGCUACGGUGGCUACAGCCAAUCCCGUAUUGCCCCGCCAAGACCCUCCGGUGCUCGCUGUGUCCCCCCCGCAUGCGAGCACCACUGAUGACAGGACCAAGGCAUCACGAUGGAGCGCUCCGCUUCCUCGGCAGGUGGUUGCUUCGCGUGUCGCGUCUCGCCUCUCCGCUGUUCCUGCCCCACGAUGGGGUCCACCACUGCCUCGCAGCGUGGUGGUGUCGAGGAUCGCUGACCGUCUGCUCCCGCCGGAGCUGACGGAGGAGGAAGAGACGAAGGCAGGCGACAGCGACGACGAGGACGAAGCUACAGAGGGUGAUGGCGAGUGGCUGCUGCGCUUCGACGGUGCCUGCCGCAAGAACCCUGGCCCAGGCGGCGCCGGCGCUGCGUUGUUCAAGCCCAGCGGCCCCGUAGUGUGGACUUGCUCCCACUACAUGCCGAGCAGCAGCGAGACCAACAACACGGCAGAAUAUACCGCGCUGCUGCUCGGUGCAAGGGCUGCCGCCGAUCAUGGCGUCACGCAUUUGCGGAUAGAGGGGGACAGUACCCUCGUCAUCCAGCAGGUGCGUGGCAUCUUCGCCACGUGCAACAAGCGCCUUCGCCAGCUGCGACUCGCAGUCAAGGCAGAGCUGGCGCGGAUGGAGCGGGCCACGCUCCAUCCCAUCGACAGGCAGGCGAAUGGUCAUGCCGACCGCCUCGCCAACGCCGCUCUUGACCGCCGCGCGACCGAGUUGGAGUGCGGGGUGCAUACCGAUGGACAUGGAUGCACCUCCACCUCCACUCUGGCCCCUGCACCCGCAGCUACACCCCCGCCUGCCACACCGCAUGUCGCGGUGGACACGGAUGUCCCCCCAAGCCCCGUCGAUGACGACAACAUGGGGGACAUCGACGAUGGCGAGGUGUAUGCAGCGAUGAGUGUGGGGCCGGAUACAGUGCCUCAGCGUCGGUCCCGCUUACGCCUUCGCCAGUUGGACGAGGACGAGCAAGAGGCUGCGGGAGAGCUGGUGGAGCGGCUGGCUGCGAAGCUGGCUGCCAAGAUCACGGACGCUGCUGACUGGGAGGAGGCGGAGGGCUACAUCACAGCCCUUCCGCAUGCGCUGUACGACCAACUGCAGCCAUACUCCCAGGCACAGCACCCCGCCCAAUCUUGCUCGCGGCUCCCGCAGCAAGCCGUGCGUACUGGCCGGCGACAGGAGCCACUCCAAGGCCAUGAGCAGGCCGUGCCACAGGACGGUCAGCGCCAAGGUGGCAGCCAUUCACGUCGUCGCCGUGGUCGCUCUGGUGGUGGCAAGGGGCACCGGCGCACGCGCCCGCCCCGUGUGACACGUCAUCACCGUGAGCACCGGCUUGACGAGGCUCUGGACGCUAUGCAUGCUGUUCAGCAACGCGUGCCGGGCGACCGCAAGGCUGUGGCCAAGGCACGUCGUCGUGUGGGGAGGAUCAACUCCUCUCUCGAGCAACAACGCCUCCGCCACCUCUUCGAUACUACGGAGAAGGUGUGUGUUGAGCGCAUCCUGUGUACGGCCCGGUCCAAGCGUGAGGCAACGGAACUGCCGGUCGGUACCGCUGCGCCUCCGCCGGACUUGGUGGAGCUGGACGAAGGCACCUGCCCCAUUCCAGGGGUGCGCCUGCACCAGUUCUUCACGGCGGUGAACACCCCGGUGGGUGCCUUCGACCCCAUGGCGCCGGUAGGAGCCCCGUUCCGCACGGCCAUGGACCGCCUGCCUCCUGCGACAGUUGACAUGGCGCUGCUCACGGAUGCGCCGUCCGUUGAUGAGAUCGAGGACCAAGUGCAGCGUGCGCGUGGCAGCUCAAGCCCCGGUUUGGACGGUGUAGGCUACGACAUCUUCAAGACGUUCACGGCCCAGCUUCUGCCCGCUCUGCAUGCUGCGUUCGCGCGCUGCUGGCAGUCCAAGCGUGUGCCGCAGAGCUGGAAGGUUGGCGUGGUGCGCCUGCUGCACAAGAAGGGCGAUCGGUCCGACCCAUCCAAUUGGCGGCCGAUCUGCUUGCAGCAGGCCAUCUACAAGUUGUACGCUGGUGUCCUGUCGCGUCGCUUUACGCGCUGGCUGGACGUCAACGGCCGCCACGCCGCUGCGCAGAAGGGCUUCCGAGCCAUGAACGGCUGUGGGGAGCACAACUUCCUCGCAGCCACGCUCGUCGACCAAGCCCGGCGCAAGCAUCAGGAGUUGCAUGUCGUGUGGUACGACUUUGCCAACGCUUUUGGUAGCGUGCCACACGACUUGUUAUGGGCAGCGCUACAACGGCAGGGUGUUCCGCCCGAGUUUGUCGCUUGUUGCCGUGGUCUCUACGCAGACGCUGCGUUCACGAUUGGUAACGCUGUGGAUGGGACCACGGCGCCGAUCGCGUUGAAGGUGGGGGUGUUCCAAGGCUGCCCACUCAGCCCGCACCUCUUCACCGCCGCGAUCGCUCCGCUGCUCCACGCGCUCCGGUUGCUGCCAGACACUGGCGUGAAGCUGUCAAGCGAAGACCGUCCCGGUGCUGCUGCUUACGCGGACGACUUGAAGGCCUUUAGCAGCACCGUGGACGGCAUCAAGCGACAGCAUGCAGUGGUGCAAGACUUCCUGCGCUGGACUGGCAUGAAGGCCAACCCGAUGAAGUGCAGCACCAUGUCAGUCCAGCGGGAUACCCGCGGCCUCCACAGGACCAGCGACCUCGGACUGCAGCUGGACGGCACCCCAAUCCCCGCGCUCAGUGCUGCUGACUCCUACCAGUACUUGGGGAUUGGGGAUGGCUUCGACCAUGUGCGCCGUCGCAUUGAGCUGGGUCCAGCUCUCACCCAGCUCAAGCAUGAUGCGACGGCCCUGCUGCAGUCCGGUCUGGCGCCGUGGCAGGUGAUCAAGGCGGUCAAGGUAUAUCUGUACCCUCGCGUCGAGUACGCCCUCCGGCACCUGCGCCCGUUUGCCCAGCAGCUGGAGGGCUUCGACCGCCACCUUGUUCGCGGCCUGCGCCACCUGCUGCGGCUGCCGACCAACGCCACGACGGCGUUCUUUUACGCUCCUGUUUCUCGUGGAGGGUUGGGGCUUCUGCCGUUGACGGAGCUGCAUGGUGCGUUACAGGUGGCGCAUGGGUGGCUGAUGUUGCACUCUUCUGACCCUGCCACCCAGCGCAUAGCCCGUCAGCAGCUCCGUCAGAUUGCAGAGGCCCGCUAUAAGCUGGACGUUCUGGUGUGGAAGGACCGUGAGGAGGAGCUGGGCGAGCUCCUUCUCAACAGCAAGCUGGGGACGUCGGACCCAGCCCCGCCCAAGCGUCGAAAUGGGGACAUAGGGUCGCUGUGGUUCGACGUCCGUGGUCACCUUCACCGCUUCGGCCUCAAGUUCGAGAUGGCUCCGGCGGUGGAGGAGACAGGGACCCCGGCGCAAAGGUUGCAGCUUCGCGUGCCCCACCACGAUGGUUGGUUGGACCAUAGGGAUGUCCUUCGGCACGUGAAGCUGCACCUCAAGACCAGGCACUGGCAGCGAUGGGCCGCGAUGACGGAUCAAGGCAAGGCUGCUCGCACCCUUGGUGGUGCUGGGAGCGCCUUCCUUUCGCGGCCCCGAGGGCUUUGGGAGAGCGACUACCGCUUCGCGGUGGGUGGUCGUCUCAACCAGCUCGACACGCACAGUGUCCUCAAGCGCCGGCGUCUUCGGGCACAUGACAAGUGCAGAUCGCCUGGCUGCUCAAGAUCGGAGACGCUGGCACAUGUGCUGAACCACUGUGCCGGCACCAUGGAUGCAGUUCGCACCCGCCACGACGACGCCUUGAAGAUAAUCGAGCGGGCUGUUGUGUCGUCGGCGGGUGAUCGGAAGGACCGGGUCGAGCUGAGGGUUAACCAAACCGUACCCUCGCUCCCCGGGCCUGCUUUGCGACCGGACUUGCAGGUCUACAACCACACCACACGUUCGGUGUCGGUUGUAGACCUUGCGGUGGCGUUUGAAGACCAAGCCACGGACGACCCAAGGACGUCGUCGCUCGCGCGGAUUGCUGAGCUUAAGCGCACCAAGUAUGGCUGCAUCAAGCGACACCUAGAGCGUCAAGGUUGGACGGUCCACCUUUCAGCGCUCGUCUAUGGUUCGCUUGGCGCAGUCGCCGGUGGUAACCUUGCGGUUUACACCGAUCACCUUGGUGUGCUGAAGCGUGAUGCGAAGCGGCUGGACAAGCAACUUUCUGCUGAGUGCAUUAAGUCCAGCCGCCGCAUAUGGAAUUUGCACUGCGGCCAGCACCGCGAGCGACAGAAUGGUCACGAUCAAGCUCAAGGUCCAAGUCAAGCCCACGUUCAUGGCCGAAGACAUGGACGCUCAAGACAAGAUGCAAGGGGCAGUCGGGUGACGGAGACCGGGGGGACUCCGUCCCAUCGAGGCCGCCGCUAA